GUAUUGAUGGGACUUUGGGGCACUUUCAACUUAGGCCGGCCGGGUGUCUAUAAAAGAAGGAAAUGCUUGUCACUUCUGAAUGCAGUAAUCGAUCUCUCCGAUUCUCUCCUUCAAUCUUUUCUAUCCUCCAACGUUAGCUACAUGGCUGGCUCCAGCAUCAUUCCUCCUAUUAAAAUCAAAAUUGGACCAUGGGGAGGCCUCGGAGCCGGCGGCUUUGAUGUUGGUCAAUAUGUCUCCCAUAUUACAAAGGUCAAACUCUACACAGGAGACGUCGUCGACAGUUUGGAGAUUUCCUAUGUCGAUGACCGGAAUCAAUUCGAAACAUACCGAACAGGCGGCGGCGGCGGUGGAUUACACGAGUUCGAACUAGAGAGCGGUGAAUAUAUCAACUGGGUGGUUGCUUCCUACAAAGAUUAUUAUGGCGAAAUUUGUGUUACUGAGCUCGGAUUUAAGACCAACUUGGGGAAGGAGCAUGGGCCUUUUGGGGAUGGAGGCGGCGAGACGGUCAGUAUUCCAGUCGUCGCAGGUCGACUUGUUGGAUUUUUUGGCCAGUACGACCGCUAUAUUAAUUCCAUCGGACUCUAUUUGGCUCCUUAUUAAUUGGCCAUCUAUCUAUCAGUAGUAUUUCGAAAUCUGAUCAUUCAUUCUGUCGUCUUGCCUUUGCUUCGUCUUCGUAUUUCAAAUAAAUUUGGAUGAUCAGUGCAACUUUGAUGUAUUGUACGUGUGGGAGUGCUUUAAAUAAAUUUGCUAGUUGUGUUUUAAAUAAAUUUGGAAGAUCAAUCAACUUUGAUAUGUA